AUGGCUGAAGCCCGAUACAUUGCCCCACCCAUCGUGGUCGUCGGUGUCCUCCUUCUAUGGCUUGUCCUUGUCAGAAGCCUCCGAUGGCGGCGGUACAAUGCCAUCCACAGCAAGUACGGCCCGAAGUGGAACAACGGGCAGGGUAUAAUCACUCCAGAGGAAGCGCAGAAGAUCAUCCACGUCGCAGGGCUGUAUGAUAUGCCUCUCUUGAUGAAUGUCGCGCUGGCGUUUGCUUUGUUCAAGACUUAUGGGAUCCCUACGAUUUCCAAGCUUCUCGCGGCUACCAAGCAGCUGAAGUCGAAGGAGACCAUCUCAAGGCGGUAUACUGACACCGAGAUUCUCAUUGCAACCUGGGUCAGCUGUCCCAUCUCCGGCUUCCUGGACUUACAGGCCUCCAAAGAAAUUUCUGAGAAAGGGGCAGACGCCAAACCUGCUGAUGACCCGCGGGCAAUGAUCGCGCUUGCGAGAGUCAACUAUUUGCAUUCUAGAUACAAGAUCUCGAACGAUGAUUAUCUCUAUACGCUUUCGCUCUUUAUUUUGGAACCCAUGGUUUGGGCCGACCGCUACGCAUGGCGCCGUUUGUCACCCUUGGAGAAAGAAGCUGGCUUCAUAUACUGGAAAGAGAUAGGAAAACGGAUGGGCAUUCGUGAAAUUCCCGAGACUAUUCCAGAGCUGUCUGCCUGGAGCAAGAAAUACGAGGAAAUGUAUAUGGUCCCCGCACAGACGAACCGGGAUAUCGGCGAUACUACCGUCGAUGAGCUUUUGGCUGCCGUUCCGAACGUUCUUGGGCUAAAAUCACUGGGUCGGCGUAUUGCUAUCUGCUUGAUGGACGAUAUUGUCAGAGAAUCGAUGAUGUACGAGAAGCAGCACGCGUAUCUCUCUUGGCUAGUCGACGCCAUGCUAAAGACGACGGCUUUUGUGCAGCGGUGGCUGAUGCUUCCUGCCUUCUCGCCGCGUUCGGUCGUCGCGCUCGACCCCAAACCGAAGCGUACGAAAGAGGGCGAGUGUCCUCGUCUCCAUCCGGAGAAGUUUGCCGCUCGUCCUUGGUAUCGACCUCAACCUACGGGCCUAGGGUAUCUAAGAGAUAAGUUGUUGGUUGCUGCUGGAUGGUUUACCGAGAUGCCGGGACCGCAUUUGAAGAGUGAAGGAUACCGCCUCGAAGAAUUGGGUCCGCUGAAAUUUGAGGACCGCGCUCACGAGGAAGUUAUGAAAUCUGCUGCUGAGCUCCAAGGUUGUCCUGUCGCGGGCCCAUGGUCCCUCGAAGGAAGACGUGAGAAGUGUUGA